AUGCCCGCCCGCCCGCACGCACGCACGCACGCACAGUCCAGCAAAGCUACCCGCGAGUCUGCGGUAAAGCAAUUUCGCUCCAUCACAAAUGCCACGCAGGCGGACGCCACUCGUCUGAUGAAGCAGGCAAACUACCAUGUGCAGCAGGCAGUCGACCUCUUCUUCAAGGACGGUGCAGCGCAGAAAGGGGCGGGAGGAGCGAGUGGGAGUGGAGCAUCGAGUGCGGCCGUCCGCAAGGAGAGUGAGAAGAAACUCGGCGAGAUAUUCGACCGCCACAGCGACGAAGACGAUGCUGCUCACGACAUUACCAUAGAAGGUACAAUGUCCUACUGCGAGGAGCUCUCCAUCUCCCUGGAGGACGUCGUCCUUCUUCCUCUUUCCUUCUACCUCCAAUCGCCCACCAUGGGCCGCUUCACACGAGACAAAUUCAUUGCAGGAUGGAGAACCCUGGCGGAUGGGACCAAGGCGUGCGAUACGAUUAGUGGACAGCAGAAGGCGUUGAAGGGGUUGAAGGAGGAGCUGCUGAGAGAUGGAGAGGUCAAGGGCGAAUUGGGGGCGAAUGGCAGUGCGGGAUUAUUCAAGAGGACGUAUGACUACACGUACGCUUUUGCUAAGCCCGAGGGGCAAAAGAGCUUGCCCCUCGAAACGGCCCUGGCCUGCUGGGAUCUUCUCAUCCCCUCAUGCCCCUCCUUUACAACGCAGGGCGGCAACUUCACACAGCGUCAUCUCGACCUCUGGAAGUCAUACCUCAACGCCACGACGAACGGGCGGGCGGUCAGUAAGGAUACGUGGAGCUUGUUCCUCGAGUUCGUCAAGGAGGGCGAGAAGUUGUUCGAAGGACACGACUUCGAUGGAGCUUGGCCGAGUAUCAUCGAUGGGUUUGUUACGUGGGCGAGGGAGGGGAAGGGAGAGGAGGGGAUGGAUGAGUCGUAGCUGCGGGUGAGGGAGAGAGAUGGCGGAGAGAUAGAGCGAUGCCAGUCAAUUGAUACACGCCAUCAGCCGGUCACACGCACGCGAUGGAC